GCUGCCUCCACGUCCCCCACCGUGCCUCAGUCCGGUGCCCAGGGUGGUGCUGCAGGAACCCUCAUCGCCCCGCACUCACGCCUUACACGUGAGCUCGCCGGGCAUCACUCAUCAUUCCAGACACGAGGUAGAAAAUGCUCGAAAUAUUGCCCUCAGGAGGAACGGUCAGCGCGAGGCGCCGCUUUUCAUCUCCAUCCCUCGAGACCCUUCGAAGAUGUCACACGAGAUGCUGGAAAGCAGCAGCCGCGGCUCCGGCAGAGUGUCUCCCAUUUACGCCCAACCCUACGCCUCCUCCCCCGGGCCGUACCACACGCCCUCCUAUACUACACCCUUCAGGGACGUGUACUCCCUCACGCCCACCAUCCAGAGUCCCACCGAGGCCGCCGGGACCGGCUGGCUCCUCUGAAGACGCCUCUGAACAUCACAAUGUAUUUUUUGGACAUGACUUCCAAUUGGAGCAGCACUCGGGGCGCCGCAGCCCCUCCAUCGCUGCUUACAGGCAUGACUGCCACAGGGACUCCGCUUACUUCUCCACUGACGAGAGCACCGAGCCCGGGGCAGGCCCUGACAUUUUACCUCGAGGGCCUUCACCUCCCUUCUCCUCGGCCUUUCUCAGAGAGGCCAUCCAGCACUCGCUGGCCGACAGCCUCCAUCGCCUGCCGGAGAUAGUGGCCAGCGAGGUGAGCCGCCAGGUGAGGGAGUGCCUGCGGGACAGCACCUCCGAGGUGGCCGCUGAGCUACACAAGCUGUCCUCCACCAACACAGGCUCGGAGUCGCUAGGCCCCAAGCGACCCUCCUCCCUGGACCUACUGGGCUCCCCGCGUCGCCGCCACAUCUACAGCUACAGCUGCCAGGACCUGCUUGGGGACGAUCCCUUCCCGCUGGCCCUCAGCCACAGCCGCAGAUCGUCCCGGGCGGGAGCCACGCUCUCCGUUGUUGAUUUGGACUCGAGCAGCGACGACCAGAUGUGUUCCAAGGGCGUGUCUGCCAGCCACUGGAACCAGACCACCUCUGAGCCCUCGCACCUCCACCACCUCCACCUGGAGCAUGCCGUGGCUCAGGUGGAGGUGGAGGGCGACGUGGUGGAGCUUCCCUUCAAGCACCAUCAGCACCUGAAGGAAGCCCUCACGCCCCUGUGCCGCGAGCUGAGCCAGAGCCACCUGCUGGACGGAAAGGGGCGAGGCGGGGGCGGGCAGCACGAGUGUGGUGUUGCGGCUGCAAGUGGCCGUAGACCAGCUGGACGACAACCAGAGCGAUACCUCCAUGGAGUGGGACUACUUCGACCAGCGCGACGGUAAGCUUGUGUCCCUCCCCUGUUGCUCUAACUCACCUGUGAUGACGUGAUGACGACGUGGUGGUGGGUGAGUAUAAGUGUGACAGCAGUGGUAGAAAGAGGAGGAGAAGGAGGAGGACUUGAUGUGUGACUACGAUUUUUUUCCCAUUAGUUUAAGAAUUUUGAGAGGAAAGUGUGAAUUGUAUAAGUAGUGUAUGUUAGUGGUAGUGGUGGUGGUGUAGAAACUCCCGUUACACAGCAUCAGAGGUGGCGACUCUGGUGAUGUUAGCUGCUCGGCGUUGUCUAUCACCACAGGGAAAUGUUGGUGAAAUUAUCCCAUAACUCCCUCACUUUAUUGCUGGAAGACUGGACGAGGGGAGGAACCACUACUGCUGCUACUACUUCAACUACUACUACUACUACUACUACUACUACUACUACUACUACUACUACUACUACUACUACUACUACUACUACUACUACUACUACUACUACUACUACUGACCAUAAGUAUUACUAUCCUCGCUGUCACCAAUGCUUGUACACUAUUAUCAUUAUUAUAACUAUUUUUCUUAAUAAUCAUGGUAUUUACUUCUACCACCACCACCACCACCACCACCACCACCACCACCACUGCAAUUUUUCCCAGCUUAUGAUUCCCAAUAUGAUUUGUUCACCGUACCUGAAUUACUGCACUUUAUAUAACCAUUAACCAGGUGUAAUUAGGCAAGGUCAUCCAUCACCUGCGUUUGACUGCUGUUGGCUCCGGGCUGCAAAACUCAUUACCAACACUAUGAACAGUAUAUGUUUUUUUUUUGUUUUUUUUUUUCAUUAUUUAUUUAUUUUUUUUUUUCUGUACAUAUGAUGGGCUGAUGGUUGUAUCUCAUGGGGCUAUUACCACACACACACACACACACACACACACACACACACACACACACACACACACACACACACACACACACACACACACGGUCGUGACCAGACGCUUGAUGUGAUGGAGAGUGAGAUAAGAGAGAACAUGCUGGGAGAGUUUUAGAGUUUCAGAACAAUAGGCAAAAGUUAUGAGAAAUGAGUUUGUGUGUGUGUGUGUGUGUGUGUGUGUGUGUGUGUGUGUGUGUGUGUGUGUGUGUGUGUGUGUGUGUCUGUGUGUGUGUGUGUGUGUGUGAUACGUGACUUAAAUCCCGCCUGAGCAACGAAAAAUAAGAAGCAUAGCAAUGAUGAGAAGAUAAAAGAGGAAGAAGCAAGAAAGGAAAAAAGACUAAUACAAACAAGAAGAAAAAUACGAAGCAGAAGAGGAAAAGAAGAAAAGGAGGAGGAAGAAAAAGAGAAACAAAAGUAAGGACAAGAAUACCAAUAACAACAACAACAACAACAACAACAACAACAAACAAGAUGAGUUCGACCUUGUCUCUAAGUGCUUCUUCUGCUUCACCUCCUUGACACUGGCACUGAGGAGGCGCGGCGGGAGGGGUGGAGGGGAGAAUGUGGAGGAAGGGGGGGAGAGGAGGAGGUGACGGGGGUAGACGAGGAAGGGGGUAGAAGGAAUUAAAAGGUGGAAGAAAAGUGGAGAGAGAGAGAGAGAGAGAGAGAGAGAGAGAGAGAGAGAGAGAGAGAGAGAGAGAGAGAGAGAGAGAGAGAGAGAGAGA